GUUAUUUUUAUAUUAAAUGACACUGUGAAAACAUUUAAUAUUUUCCCUUUUUCUUUUUUUUUUCAUUAUAAAAGUAAUGAGGACCAAUGUUGUUAUCUUGGAUACAAAACGGAUGUUUAAGCCAGGUUCUAAAUUGUUCCUUGCAAUCUUGCUGCAUCCCUGCUUCCUGAUGUUCCUGCCAAGUUAAAAACACAAAGCUGAAGGGAGGAAACGGGGUCUUUCCUGUUUGAAACAGGAAUGAAGACAAACAUCCGUAAGUUUUUAUAUGUUUUAUAUAUCCUUUUAUAUAUCUUCCACAACCACUGUUACCAACAUUAAUUUAAUCCAGUAAUGUAAAUAAAAAAAUUGUGGAAACUGUGCAAUUAUUAUAUGGGCCACACUACAUUUUGGGCAAUUGUGUAGGUAAAAAUGACAACUCCUAUUUAAAGAAACAUUUUCUCUCACUUCUCCAUUUUUACUGUAUAUUUUAAGUAUAUUCAUUAUAGGGGUUCUUAACUUUAUAGGGUUUCUUAAUCAUUUUUACCUUGAGGCCCAAAUAUUUUAUCCAUCCAUCCAUACCUCUUAUCCAGGGUCAGGUUGUGAGGGCAGCAGCCUAAGUAGGGACUGCCAGACUUCCUUCACCUCGGACACUUCCUCCAGCUCCUCCAGGGGCACCCUGAGGCCCCCAGGCUGGCCGAGAGACAUAGUCCCUCCGGCGUGUCCUGGGUCUUCCCCAGGGCCUCCUUCCGGUGGGACAUGCCCAGAACAUCUCCCAAGGGAGGCACCCAGGAGGCAUCUGGAACAGAUGCUCGAGCCACCUCAGCUGGCUCCUCUCUACGUGGAGGAACAGCGGCUCUACCCCAAGCUCCUCCCAUGUGUCUGAGCUCCUCACCCUAUCCCUAAGGGAGUGCCCAGCCACUUUGUGGAGGAAACUCAUUUCGAGCGCUUGUAUCCGCGAUCUCGUCCUUUUGGUCAUUACCCAGAGCUCAUGACCAUAGACUGCAGAAGAUCUCUCAUAGUAUUGGAGUAUAUAAGGCUUUGGAGGCAGGAGUGCUACUUGGAUAUGCAAAAAAUGUGAAGAAUUGUCCUUUUGGUGCUCUUCAGUGUAGGGACCAGUCUCAAAUACAAAGUGGGAAAAAAACUGAGGCACUCAAAAAGUACAAAAUAAUUAAAAGCCUUUAAUACCACAUGGCAGAUAAAGUUAAAAUACGCCAACGCGUUUCGGCCCUUCGGCCUUCAUCAGGGCAAACUCGAAAUUUUCUUAUUCUUAAUCCUCUCGGUAUCAUCUCAGUGAUAGACUAGUGAACAGUUAUCUCCCUCCUUUGAAACAAAAGACAUGGUUGGACACUAAGGCUGGUUGCUACAGAUGUGGUAACUGCACCUUUUGUGAACAUGUACAACAGACGAACUUAUUCAUGGACAUUAACUCAGGUCAAAGUUUUUUAUUAGAACAUUAAUUAAUUGUAACACUACCUAUGUGGUAUACAGACUUGAAUGCCCAUGUGGUCGUUUUUACGUAGGCCGAACAAAACGCAAAUUGAAAAACAGACUGGCUGAACAUAAACAGGCUAUAAGGACAUAUAACCCCCUGUAUCCUAUGGCCGUGCAUUACAAAGAAGCCAACCAUGGCAGCUGUAAAAGCCUAAAAGUCUGUGCAAUUGAACAUAUUAAAGAAACUUUAACUUCUUGGGUUCUUUUUAAAGACAAUGCAGUAAAGUGUGUUUACCUUGUUGACAUGUUUCGGCUGCUAGCUGCAAGCCAUCUUCAGAACUGUCACCGGUGUUGGUGGUGACGUGUCGUAUAUCAGCUGUUGUUACUUCCUGUAGGCGUGGUCAGCCUGAUGGACCUGGCAGGUCGCUUAGACUGACCACGCCUCCCGUCGCCCGGUGUUCUCUGGAGGAGGGUGUCCCAGGUGUGUGAAAGGAGGAACGCGCCGUCGUCCCGGUUAAUGCUGUCCGUGCCUCGUUUCCUGAUUUCAAUGGCCUCCUUGAUCCAGCGUUUGAACUUGUUGUUUUCCGAUCCAAUGACCCGAGCCCCGUCCCAAUCCAUAAUGUGGUUGUUCCUUGUACAGUGGUCUGAUAUGGCGGAUUUUAGGUUUUCCUGUUCUGCUUUUUCUUUUUGUGUUCUGGUGAGUCUCCCUGACGUUUCCUUCUCGCAUUCCUUUUGGUGUUCCUUUUUUCGGAUGUGAAAUGCCCGGCCUGUUUCCCCUAUGUAUGAUUUAGUGCAUGAUUUGCAUUGAAUUUCGUAGAUGGCAUUGCAUUUUUGUUCUUGUGGGAUUUUGUCCUUGGGGUGUACGAGCUGUUGACGGAGUUUUGUGUAUGGUUUUACUACAGUGCUAAUGUUGUGUUUUUUCAUGGCUCUCUGGAUGGGUUCGGUUAUUCCUCUGAUGUAUGGUAGUGUGACUAUGUUUUUGUCCUGCUGCCCUGUGUUGGAUUGUAGUGUUUUGUUUUUUUUUUGUUUGCAAUGGGAGAUCCACUAUCCGCAAUAAUGAGCAGUUUUUUCAUGGAGGAUUUGGAACAGAAAGCACACUUUACUGCAUUGUCUUUAAAAAAAAGAACCCAAGAAGUUAAAGUAUAUAAGAAGACAAAAUGAACAUCUUUUGCUCCAUAUUAAAGAAACAAUAAGAGGAGGAGAUAGACUGAAAAAACUAUUACAGAGAGAAACCUACUGGAUCUACACUCUCAAGGCCACACAGUUUCUAGGACUCAAUGGAGAGUUAGAUUUCUCCCCCUUCCUUUAAAACCACGAGUUUUAAAUGUGUAAUCGAUCCUUGUUCUAUAUCCCUGUCUUCUUGAAAUUAUUUAAGACUAGCCCUUAACUAUAUUAUACAAACUAUAGCUGAAGCACUUUUGAGUUAUCGCACUCUAUAUAUAUCCUUACACUAUGUAUCUUUUUAUACUAUUUUAUACUAUUUUCAUAUAAUGUAUCUAUGUAUUGGUUGUUGGGAUUUGCACCAUUUAUGUCUUGUAUUAUUGUAUUUGAAUUUGUUUAGCCUAUAAUUAAGGUUUGUUAGGCCUACAUGUCCCAUCAUGCAUCUAGGGGACUGUGGGCCAGCCCACUGUGAACAUGUGACCUACACCUAUUACUUUAAAUCUGCACUGUGAGAACCAUCUCGAGUUUGCCCUGAUGAAGGCCGAAGGGCCGAAACGCGUUGGCGUAUUUUAACUUUAUCUGCCAUGUGGUAUUAAAGGCUUUUAAUUAUUUUGUACUUUUUGAGUGCCUCAGUUUUUUUCCCACUUUGUAUUGGAGUAUAUAUUCUGCACUGUACCACAAAUUAAUAUUAGUGCCUCAGCCUUAGUGUGCCUUUCUUAUUAAAUACUUAAACAAACAUAAAAAAUAUGUGUAAAAGACUGCAUUUGUACCACCAUGUAAAUAAAACCAACCAAACAAACAAAAAAAGUAAUUCAGACAUAAGCACAUAUGCCUAUAUUAUACAACUAUACAUUUAGCUUAUAGAUGAGGCCUUCAGCCUUACUGGUUUCUUACUGGUCAUGUGUCAUUUAAAAAACAGGAUCUCCUCAAAGGUGUCUUUCUUUUUUUUCUCUUUAGCUUUCAAACAAAAGUUUAAAAUUACUUAGCAAUGCUAAGUAAUAAAUGACUACUCACGCUGGAGCAGGAAGAGCUUUAAUCAUUAUGCUUUAAGUAAAAAAUGACUAAUAACUAAAUUAUCUUUUAUUGUCUAUUGUAUCAACUGAUUUUUUAAUACAUUUUAAUCCAAGAUGUUGACCACUGGGAAUACCAGAUGACACAGACGGGCAACAGCGGCUCUAGUUGUGUCCUUAGGCAAGACAUACUGCGCAUUAAGAAACUGGUGUACGCAAUGGUCAUAUGGCCCAGUGUCACAGGCGGGCAGCCUCGCUUCAGUCAGUCGAGUGCCCUUUUCCCAAAUGAGUCCCUACUCCUUCACCCCUCAUAUUGCACCCGCUGUGAAGACCCCUUUGGUCCAUUCAUCACCGCUUUGCUUGCGGACGCACUUCACUCGCUCCAAUGUCGGGCAGUACAUUCAGUGGUGUAUUAUAACGCCACCUUCUGUAUAGUUUUAGUAUUUGUGCUGUGUAAAUAUUUGGACUGUGUUAAAGUAAAAUAUAAUAAUAAUUUUCAUGCUAUAGACGCUUGAUGAGUGUUUAUAGAACAGGUCCAGAUCAGCCACCAUCUCACCAGUGAAUAAAAAAAAAGAAAAUAAAAAAGUAAAUCUUAUCUUGCUUCAAAACUCAAUAUCUAAAUCACGACGCUUGUUUCAACAUACACCUAAACAAAGUGGAACUAAACUUGUUUGGUGCGUGUAGCAUGUGGGGCUUACAAACACCUGAUUAGGGACCACCACGAAUCUACUCUAGGACUACGUCCUGCCCCUCUUCCUAGGGUCUUGAUCAUUUCGGACGGCACUGUUCGCGGGAACGCGCAAAUUCGAGUGUUAGGGCCUGGGGAAGGAAGAAGGGAGCCUCUUGGUAAGGGCCCUUCCUUAGGGCAGCUGUCCACUUCUUGUAUUGUGCUGUAUUUUUGUAGAUAAAAGAAUGACCUAUAUAAGCAUCUAUAUUUAUAAAUGAAGUAAUUUUUGCUGUCAAACGGGUUCCUUUUGUAAUUACACGUCCGCCUACCCUUCUUUGUCAAAGUGUAACAGGUGACUCUGGAGUUGUAUUUCCCUUUAAAGGUGUGGGCGGGGACCAGAGAGCAGGCGUUAGGUUUCAGUGCGUCUUUUCUAUUCUCAUACCCAGUGCAAAAGUGUCUCGAGCUAGCACUGGUUACUGCUGCAUGGCGGAUAGUGCGUCACACCUGUUGACUCUGACUUUACUGGGCUGUACGAGUGGACAUGUGGACUAACCUAAAAAGAGAGGACUGUCUUGACCCCAUUGUCGUCUGUGUAUGACCUCAUACUUUUAUGCCUAGAUGAGUACGCCAGUCAAGUGGGGAGAUGGCCAAAGUGUACAUGUUGUAUGUGGGUGUAUUGGCAGGUUUGGUUCUAUGCAGAUCCUCUGAGGCAGUGUGGAAUACGACUGCGGGGCCUACUGCCAAUGCAACAGAGUGUGAUCACCAUAGCAACGGAGACAACUGCACAGACACAGCAGAGCAGUGGAACGGGCACUUCUCCACAUGUCCAGAAAAACUUACUUUCUACUGUAUCCAUGGGGAGUGUCGUUACAUCAAAGAAAUGGAUAUGGUAUCUUGCAGGUGUCAUCCUGGAUUUAUUGGAUCCAGGUGUGAGAUUAUUGAUCUUGGUGUGCUCAUAGGUGAGAAAAGUCAAAUCAUUAUCAUCUGUGCCGUUGUGGGAUUGGUGCUACUGAUUCUUUUAGUAGUCCUUAUUUGCGUAUUCUCACACCGGAGGGGAAGACUCUGUAAUAAAAAGAGGAGGCACACCAAUGAGCCGAGAAAUGGCACAGAAAAACUCCACAUGGAUGUUACCUCCGCAUUAAUAGCUGACUCCCCAGAGCAACCACAUACAACAAACUCUGUGUGAAAUGAAAGUAUGUCCGCUCUCCACUAGUGCCUCUCAGAGGAAUGUGACUGUUCUGGAGCCAGCUGCUGUCUUUUGUCACUUGGUGCUUCAGUAUGAUACUCUGACCAUGGCACGGGCCUAAACAUUGGAUAAACGCCAUUUGUAGAGGUACACCAUAAGAAAUGAACACAUCUGCUUAUUUUUCCUGAAUGGUAUUAUGUGUGAAGAUCCGCAGAGGAAAACUCUUCAGAUUUGUGAAUAACAUGGACAGACGUGAUGUCUGCCUGGUGGUGCCUUUGUGCUCAACCAAAGAAAAGGAAUGGAAAAAAUGAGUGUCUCCAGCUGCUGGUGGAUGAUAACAGCUGAUGGAAAUGUCCUUCUGUGAUGAAGAUGCUUUCCACUCAUGUACAACUCGUGAGGACAGCCACUAGAAAUGUACAGGAUGUAGAGGCACAGCCCCUAACUGUGGUGUACAUGUGCAAUAUUUUAGAAGAUAAACCAAGUAUUUUUUUUAUGUUCACCGUAUCACAUAAAGCCUCCAAAGAGAUGAGAAAUACUUUGUUACUUAUUUUCUAAAGCAAUGCUAAACUGCCAUCUGUACACAGACUACAUGUUGAUGAAGGAUUGCUUAGGUAAAUUUGAUCCUCUCAUUUGGAGCAGGUUAGAACAGCCACCCCUUUAUGUGAUGGCUCUGUUGACCGGAAUAGCCAAUACUCAUGGGAGAUUGUCUAAACUUUUUUUUUUUUAAUCCCUGAAGUUAAUACAGUGUUGGUUGUAUUUAUUCAUUGAGUUAGCCAGCAUAUUAUUAUUGAUCAAUUCCAGCAUACAAUCAUGUCACAUUCCAUUACAAUGAGCUGAGUUGUAUUUAUUAUUUAUUUAUUUUGUGAAAAGGGUGUGGUGCUAAUUUGCGUGUUUGUGUGUGGAAACCAUUAUAAGUCACUUGAAAGAGACAAAUAAAUAGUAAUAGUUUACUGGUUAAAUUAGUGUGUAUCGCUUACAUUCACUUUCUCUUAUAUUUCUACUCUGUGUAUGAUUCGGUCAGCUGACAUUUGCUGGGCAUUGUUGGAAUGUUUAAAGUACAAAUGACUUUGUACUUUUAUCAUUUUGAUAAUGAAAUCUGAAUGAGGCCUAGACAUAAUUUGUCAGUUUGGCCAACCAGCACUCCUACAUCACAUUCACACUCACACAUAGGGUAAAGUGGUUUGUCCACAACAAGUCGGAUGCAAGAAUUGUUGUGAUUGAACCAUUUUAAUUAUUUUAUUAUAUUGCAUUGUAGUUUGUUAGUGUAAUUGUGGUAGUUUGGAGAGAUUGUGAAGGAAAAAUUAAUUUUGUUAUAGACCGUGUCCUCUUUUGUAAACAAAGUGUUCUAUGUUUUGUUUUGUUUUGUUUUUUUUAUUAUUUUUUUCAGUAAAUGUGUCAUAAUGUUAUUUCAGAUGUGCGGGAUUCAUGCCGUUUCCUGGGUGUGUCCACAAGACUUGAUAACAGAUAUCAAAGGGCAAUGCUGGAUUAGGAAUAGUUUUUUCAAGAAAACUGUCGAUCAGUAAUCUGUCCGUAACGUGAUCACAAGUUUAAAAUAUCUAGUUUCCAACUUAGAGUACCCCUUAUAUUUUGUCUCACAUUCUGAGUACUCCUAAUAGGAAAGAAAGAAAGAACAAAGGACGCACAGACAGACAGAGGUCAUGUCAGUACUGGCUUGUCAUACUCUACGCUCUUUCUACUACGGUUAAAACCCAUGGAAAUAUUAGGCGCUUCAGUUUUUAUAGUUUAUUGAAAUGCCACUUGGGGUCAGCAAAACACAAUCCUUUUAAGCUUACGCUACAAAACAGCGCCAGUUGACGGAUACUGUACACACGCAAUUCAGGAGAAUUCUUUCCUUGCUCCUUAUAAUUGAAAAGAAAAGAACAACAUUCAUCCACUGAAUAAACCUCCGAGCUCUCGGAAAUGCAGGCUAUCAAUCUGAAGUUGAGAGAACAAAAAAAGCUUAUUAAAUUAGACAGGUCAUUGCUUACACUUUCACUUUUCACUAGA